ACAGCAGUCUCAGCUGCAAAAGUUUGACAGGCGGUGCGGCUGCGCCAACUCUGGCUCCUCCCACGCGCCCGGAGCCUAAAGCCCCGCCUCGCCCUCUCAGCCUGGAAGUGCAGGCCUGCACAAGGUAGUUUAACAUGGGUGCCUCCAGCUCCACGGCUCUGGCUCGCCUUGGUCUCCCCGGCCAGCCGCGGUCCACCUGGCUCGGCAUCGCCGCGCUAGGACUGGCAGUGGCGCUGGGGACUGUGGCCUGGCGUCGCGUGCGUCCCCGGCGGCGCAGGCGGUUGCAGCAGGUGGGCACGGUGUCAAAGGUUUGGAUCUACCCCAUCAAGUCCUGCAAAGGGGUGUCGGUGUGCGAGACCGAGUGCACUGACAUGGGGCUGCGCUGUGGCAAAGUGCGCGACAGGUUUUGGAUGGUGAUUAAGGAAGAUGGACACAUGAUCACCGCCCGUCAGGAACCUCGCCUUGUGCUGGUCUCCAUCACCCUAGAGAAUAAUUACCUGACCCUCGAGGCUCCAGGCAUGGACCCUGUGGUUUUGCCUAUCAAGCUGCCUUCUUCAAAUAAGAUUUACGAUUGCAGGCUAUUUGGUCUCGACAUUAAAGGCAGAGAUUGUGGUGACGAGGUGGCCCAGUGGUUCACCAACUACCUGAAGACACAAGCCUACCGGCUCGUUCAGUUUGAUACCAAAAUGAAAGGAAGGACAACAAAGAAGCUUUACCCGUCUGAAAGCUACCUUCAGAAUUAUGAGGUAGCCUACCCAGACUGCAGCCCCAUCCACAUGAUUUCUGAAGCCUCCUUAGUCGAUCUCAACACCAGGCUGAAGAAGAAAGUGAAGAUGGAACAUUUCAGGCCAAACAUCAUGGUGUCAGGCUGCGAGGCUUUUGAGGAGGAUACCUGGGAUGAGCUCCUAAUUGGUGAUGUGGAGAUGAAAAAGGUGUUGAGCUGCCCCAGGUGCAUUUUGACCACAGUGGACCCAGACACUGGAGUCAUAGACAGAAAGGAGCCGCUGGAAACUCUGAAGAGCUACCGCCUGUGUGAUCCUUCUGUGAAGAGUUUAUACCAGUCGUCCCCACUUUUUGGGAUGUAUUUCUCAGUGGAAAAAAUUGGAAGUCUGAGAGUCGGUGACCCUGUGUACCGGAUGUUGGAUUAGCAGACCCAGUGGGGUGACACGCUUACAGGUCCUGGGAGAUACAUCUGCGAGUCUUUACUGCCAGCCACAGCCAUCUUCCUGGGAACGGGUCGCUGCUUUUCUCUCACAGCUGGGUAUGCCCUGAGUUAAUUCAAGACAAGUACCAGAGGUGUCUUGGGAAUGUGAAAGAGGGUGUAUAAAUUUUAGAUAAUGAAAUUUAAAAAAAAAAUGGAACUGUGUGUCCAAUUGCUCUGAAUGUUACUCCCGCGAUGUCAUUUUUCUAGUCCCUGCCUUUAAUAUUGCUAAGUAAAGAAAGUUUAAAGAGACAACUUAAAAGCUGCC